AUGGUUGAUCACCCAUUUAAGCAAGAAGUGGAAACAAAUGUUAAAGAUGAAUUGUUAAAAUAUCGUGCAAAACUUGCUAAUGAUUUACCGGAUGAACAACUGCUCACAGGAAUUGAUAUUGCAACUGGAUUUUCUACUUCAAUUAUUGAGAACAUAGUUAGUAAGUUUUGGAGAAUUGAAAGUCUUGACUCAUUAAAGAAGAUGAUUACAUUUUUCAAUGAGGAUCAUGCUUUACAGUCAUGGUUAAUUGUAUCAAGCAUGAAAGGACAUUUUCCUCAUAUUCAAGAUUGUAAUCUAAAAAACAUUGAUAACAGUCUGCUGGAAUUGCAUUCACCUACAAGAUCUGAUUAUACCUCAUCUGAUGAAAUAAACAAUAGCAGUGAUGAUUCCGAUGUUUGCGUACGUAAAAUUUCUAACAUUGUUUUAAAUGAUAGUGAUUCUGAUGAUACAGAUUAG